AACUACUCUGGACAGAAGAGACAGCUGACGAAAAGUCGAGGUACCUACGGACCGCAGGAUGCGUCUUUUGGUACCGGUCGCCUCGUGCCUCGUCAGGCGGUUUCGACAAGACAGACCGUCUGGCCCAUUCCGUCUGGCCGAGGGGCGGAACUUUUGCGUCCAGCUCCGAAUGCUGCUGCGAAGCGGUGGACUCCGCUUCCGGGGACCGUGUCUGGUCGGGCAAAAACGGUAACCACGCACCAUCCCGCUUGCCGAAGCCUGCCGGACGUGAACAAAGCGGCAGCCGGUGCCUCGAGCGGUCAUGUUGCCAAAUUCGCCGCCACGAGAGUUACGGCUGGAGUCAAGGGUGCGCUCGAGGGAUAUAAUGUCUUCCGGACUGUUGGUAGCGAGGCCAGAGGCGAUGGUUUUGGUACGGCUCGUCAACAACUCGCACGACAACAAGUGACUGGGGAGCCGAGCAUGUUGUCCUGCCAGACGAGCGCUCAACGAGACCACGGACGCACAAAGUCGAGUCAGCCGCCAGCGGCCAAAAGACAGAGACGCUCGAGAGCCGGAGAAUUGGAUGUUGGAGGAAUGCAACGAGUUGGUAAAGCCGACAUCUUUGCACUGAAAGAACUGGCCCAGCUGACCUCAUCAUCCUCACAACCACCCUCGCUGUUGCCAGGUCCCGGAGUGAACAGUAUCAUAGUCUCCGGCCCACCGAACAUCAUCAGCACCACAAACCUUGGCCUUAGCAGCUAUUCCAACACCUCCUCCUAUUCACCAUCAGCCUCUAUUGGCUCUUCCUUAGCAUCACCGUUGGUUUCGGCGCCAUCAGGCCUAGCACAAAAUGGAAUUUCUGAGGCCACCAUGACCAUGCAGCAGAUGGCGUCGACUGGUGACCCAAGGCUUGGUCGUGUUUGCGACUCGCCGACACAUACAGCCUCCCAGGCGCAUUCAACUCCACUCGGUCUGGAAUCAGUUCUAGCAUCGCGUCAGUCGACAGUCCGAGGCCUUUCGGGCUCGAAGACCGGACUCGGACUACGCAGCUUCAACGCCAAUGCACCGACAAGAUUGGGUCAGCCUGCGAUGUACAGUCCAAGCCCACUUGUUGGGAUGGUCGUCUCAACGGAGGGUGAAACCUCGAAUGGUGAGGAUGAAGCAGAAGACGAAGCAGAAGAGAACAAUGAAGAGGAGGAAAACUAUUUGGCCGAGACAGAGGGCGAUGAAGAUGAGGAGGACGUCGAGGAUGAGGAAGAAGAGGAAGAAGAGAGUUUGGCAAGAGUACUAUCUGGCAGAGUGGAAUCGGAAGAAAAUGAAGAAGAUGAAGAUGAAGAAGAUGCCGAGGGGGUAGAAGAAGAAGAAGAGGAGGAAGAAGAAGAAGAGGAAGAAGAGGAAAAUGGAGAUGUAUGCGAGGAUGAGGAAGACGAUGAAAAUGACGAAGUAGUGGAGAUCGAGGAACCAGACGAAGCUGUUGAAGCUCGGCCUACCAGAAGCAGAUUCCAUCUAAACGCAGGCGGUAUAGAUGCCGAUGAGGAGUCUGAAAACUCGAUGGAGGCUGCGGGUCUUUCCAAGCUUCGACUGCCUGUUGUAUACGGUAAGCUGACUUAA